UGCCUGGUGAAUUGCUGCAGGCAGUGCCCUCCCCACCUGGAGACUGCGCCUGGGGCAGCCCCCUCUGCUAGGGAGAGCUCAGCAGAGCUCGGCUGGAUGAGCUUCCUGGGAAGGACCCCGGCCACUCCAACGGGGGAGGAACAACGUGGCACGACUCUCUUUUUUCAGGUGUGCAGGACCACCCUCUAUGUCUGCGCUCCAUUCCUGGUGCUGGAGCGGGUGCAGAAGAUCAUCAUCACCUCCAUCGGGCUGAGCGCAGCCCAGCUGCAGUACGAGAUUGGCCAUUGCCUGGUCAGAGAUGCCCCUGCUAUGUUGGAGAGGCUCCACGGCAUCGCCAGGAGCCGCCGCCUGGAGAAUGGCCGAGCGCUGCACUCGGCCGCCAGCGCAGUCCUAGGUGAGAGUCAGGGCUGGAGCCCGAAGCUGCGCUCCCCACAGAGACAGCCGCAGGGGACUGCACUUUCCCCGUCCGCCCUGGGAGACCGGGGCCAGCCUUGGCAGGGCAGCCACAGAAGGGUUCGCUCAGGGCUCGGCACGAGCGGAGGAGAAGGCGACAGCGUGCAGAGCCGGCGCUGGUGGGGUGGCCGGGCCCCACACGAAGCGAUGCUCGGCUCUGCCUGCUGCUACGUCCCGACUGAGACAUCCUGGAAAAAACAAGAGGCCUUGGCGGCUCUUGGCAGCAGCAGCAGGAAUGAGGCUCCUCUCCUCAGAGACCGGGGGGGCCGGGAUGGGGCCAUGCCAAGGCCUCAGGGCAUCCACCCACGGGUGCUGAGGGAGCUGGCUGACGUGACCAUGAGGCUGCUCUCAAUGAUCUUGGAAGUGUUGCAGCAAUUGGGAAAGGUUCCCGAGGACUGGGAGAAAGCAAAUGUGGCUCCUGUCUUCGGGAAGGGCCAGAAAGGAGAUCGGAGGCAGCACAGGCUGGUCGGCCUUGCUUUGGUCCUUUGGAAGAGGAUGGAGCAGAACAUGCUGGGAACAGGGGAGACCAAAGGAUGUUGUUUACUUUGGGUUUAG